UCUUUAGUGUUUUGAGCUUCAUAUCAAUGUCUACUGGAUACAUACAGUGAGAGAAUAAUAUAUUGAUGAUAAUAAUCGCAUACAAUAAGUGGAUUUAUUUUGUGUUGGCUCUAGAGUUUGGACUUUGGAGAGAGAGGAAGAGAGAGAAAGAUUGAGAGAUUGAGAGAGAGAGUGAGAUAUGGAGGUCGGGUUUCUGGGGCUGGGAAUAAUGGGGAAAGCCAUGUCUAUGAAUCUGCUCAGGCAUGGCUUCAAGGUAACCGUUUGGAACAGGACUCUUUCUAAGAGUCAUGAACUCGUGGAGCAUGGUGCUUCUGUUGCAGAAACCCCUGCAGAAGUGGUUAGGAAGUGCAAGUAUACCAUUGCAAUGUUAUCUGAUCCUUCAGCUGCUCUUUCGGUGGUGUUUGGAAAAGAUGGCAUUCUUGAGCAGAUUUGUGCUGGAAAAUCUUAUGUUGACAUGUCUACAGUUGAUGCUGAUACUUCUUCAAAGAUCAAUGAGGCAAUUAAAGAAAGGGGCGGUUACUUUCUUGAAGCUCCUGUUUCAGGUAGCAAAAAGCCCGCAGAAGAUGGUCAACUAGUUAUCCUUGCAGCUGGUGAGAAGGCAUUGUACGAGGAAGUGAUUCCGGCUUUCAAUGUCAUGGGAAAGAAGUCUUUCUAUUUGGGGCAGGUUGGAAAUGGAGCAAAAAUGAAACUUGUUGUCAACAUGAUAAUGGGAAGCAUGAUGAAUGCAUUCUCUGAAGGACUUGUUCUUGCUGGGAGAAGUGGACUAGAACCUUCUGUUCUUCUUGAUGUGUUGGAUCUAGGUGGAAUUGCAAACCCAAUGUUUAGGUUGAAAGGACCCACUAUGAUACAGGGCAGUCACUCGCCUGCAUUUCCUUUGAAACAUCAACAGAAGGACAUGAGAUUGGCUCUUGCCCUUGGGGAUGAAACAGCUACAUCAAUGCCAGUAGCUGCUGCAGCUAAUGAGGCUUUCAAGAAGGCUAGAAGCAUGGGGCUUGGGGACCUUGACUUUUCUGCUGUCUAUGAGACCGUGAAGACUCUUGAAGAACCCUCUCGAAACAGCCAACUGCGUUAAGCUAACAAAGUCAAUGCGCCGGGGGAGAUAGCAAUGCGGUCAUACACAUCGAACAUUACCUUUACAUGGAGAAUGCGACGACGGAGGACUUUUAAAUAAAACAGGCACUCAUUUGUAUCAUCAUACUCAGGAAUGAUUCUAUGCACUCCCAUAAAUUUGCUUUAAAACACUUUGGGAAUUCUAACAAUAAAAAUUAUUCCCAAAGAAUUAUCACCUUGUUUUGCAUUACAUGUGGACUGGAAUCUAUUACUAAUAGCACGUUUAUUGUAAAAACAGAAACUUACUGUUCUUUGUGAUUUGACUUAAGCUUUUAUGAAGGAAAUCAUUUUACUUAGACA